UCUACAACACACUCUCUCAACAGAGAAACCAGCAGUCACUUCUUCAGGUUUUCAACCUGGACCGACAAUAGUCUCUAUCCUCAAAUUCAGCACCUCUUUUGCUAGCACUAGCUAGCCACCAUGACAGAUGACAAUGUGUUUGAUUCAGAAAGCAGCUUCUCAGCAGUGCCUGGAAACUGUGAGGGCAGAGAUAUCAGGCUGUUUACCUCAGGAGAUGAGGACAGCAGUCUGUAUUUUACCUACAGUGGGGGUUACAAUGAGCUGGAGGUCAGAAAUCUGCACUAUCAGGUGGACACGGCAGCACAGAUCCCCUGGUAUGAAAAACUGUCGGAGCUUAAGAUGCCCUGGGAGAUGCGGGGCAACAAACAGACUGCUAUCAAAGAGCUGAACCUGAGAGUGCACAGCGGCCAGAUGUUGGCUGUUAUUGGCAGCUCAGGCUGUGGAAAGACCUCCCUGCUGGACAUUAUAACAUGUCGAGAUGAAGGAGGCACCAAGAAAUCUGGAGAGAUCCUCAUCAAUGGCAAACCCUGCACAACCUCGCUGGUGAAGAAAAGCAUCGCUCAUGUCCGACAGGACGACCGUUUGUUACCCCAUCUGACAGUACGGGAGACUCUCACCUUCGUGGCAAAACUACGCCUACCGACAGAUUUUACACAGGCACAGAGAGAUCAAAGGGUAGAUGAUGUCAUUGCCGAGCUGAGGCUGAGACAGUGUGCUAACACACGAGUCGGAAAUAACUAUGUGCGAGGUGUAUCUGGUGGAGAGAGGAGGAGGGUUAGCAUUGCUGUUCAGCUACUAUGGAACCCGGGAAUUCUUAUCCUGGAUGAGCCUACUUCAGGUCUAGACAGCUUUACUGCUCACAACCUAGUUAUCACCUUGUCUCGUCUGGCUCGAGGGAACCGCCUGGUCCUUCUCUCUGUGCACCAACCGCGCUCAGACAUCUUUCAGCUUUUUGACCUGGUGGUGUUGCUUUCCUCUGGCUCAGCUGUGUACUGUGGCCCUGCUAAAGACAUGGUGAACUACUUCACAUCUCUGGGGCAUCCAUGUCCACGCUACUGCAAUCCCUCUGAUUUCUAUGUGGACUUGAUUAGCAUUGACCGGCGCUGCUCCGAAAAAGAAGCAGAAUGUCUGGAGAGAACGAGGGUCCUAGCAAGCCAGUUUGCUGACAAGGUGAAGAACACUGAGGAUUUCAUGUGGAAGUCUGACGAGCACAAUGUUCCAGUGCUGGACAAUAAUAUCCCAAGCGAUAUCCCUGCUACACCAAAAGCCGAAACAAGCAUCACAGUUUCACAAAGGAAGAACCAUAGACCUGGCCCACUGCACCAGUUCUCCAUUCUGAUUAGGCGGCAGGUAUUUAAUGAUUUCCGUGACCUUGUGACACUGGUGGUGCAUGGCCUAGAAGCCCUGUUAAUGUCCCUACUAGUAGGCUUCCUAUACUUCGGGGCGGGUGAGGAGAAACUGCCAGUGCAGGACACUGUGGCCCUCCUCUACAUGAUUGGGGCUCUCACGCCAUUCGCUGUGGUACUGGAUGUCAUAGCCAAGUGUCAUUCAGAGAGAGCCAUGCUGUAUCAUGAGCUGGAAGAUGGAAUGUACUCAGUCACCCCUUAUUUUUUUGCAAAGGUUCUUGGUGAGUUACCUGAACACUGUGUUUUUACACUAGUAUACAGCCUGCCUAUUUAUUGGCUAGCCGGAUUGAACGACUCACCAGAUCGUUUCUUGCUCAACUUCAUGCUGGCAUGGCUGAUGGUGUACUGCAGCCGCUGCAUGGCUUUGUUCGCAGCAGCUGUGUUUCCCACCCUCCAGACCUCUUCCUUCACUGGAAACUCCCUUUUCACUGUUUUCUAUCUGACUGGUGGCUUUGUCAUUAGCCUCGACAACAUGUGGCUGGUGGCUUCCUGGUUUUCCUAUAUUUCCUUCAUGCGGUGGGGUUUUGAUGGGAUGCUGCAGGUUCAGUUCCGUGGCCUCAAAUAUACAGUGAGCCUUGGAAACCUGACCAUCAAUGUAGAUGGUAUUAAAGUGGUGGAGCUGAUGCAUAUGAACCAGUUCCCACUCUACACCUGUUAUUUAGUGCUGAUCGCUGUAGUGUUGGUCUUUAUUUUGCUCUACUAUCUGUCACUCAAGUUCAUUAAGCAGAAAUCCAGUCAGGAUUGGUGAAGGAAAAGAAAGGAAAAGAUCUCUUUUAGACAAACUUUACCCUUGUAAAUGAAGAUAACAUGUCAGCAUCAACAUGUUCUCAGUCCACAGUCGAGUCGAAUGAUAUGGGGGGAGAACAACUUUUCUUGGAGAAAAGUGUUCGUGAUUUACACAGAUCAGGCAUAACACUAUGACCACCUGCCAAGUAUUGUGUUGAUCCCACUUUUGCUGCCAAAACAGUCCUGACACGUUAAGCACUAACAGCAUUAACUUUUAAAUCUGACCACACGGACCAGGAGCAUUAAUGACCCUGUUAACCCACCAUUAUUUCUUCCUUGGACCACUUUUGAUAGAUACUGACCACUGCAGACUGGAAAGCCCCACAAGAUCUGCAGUUUUGGAGAUGCUCUGCCCCAGUUGUCUGGUCAUCACAAUUUGG